AUGCGCGCCUCCCCUCUUAUUCUCGCGCUUCCAGCGCUCGCGACCGCGCAGCAAAUCCCCUUCCUCGACGAAAUCAAGGGUUUCUUCCAGAAGGCCAGCUCGUCGAUAUCGUCCGCCGUUCAAUCUGCGACAGAGUCUGCGUCGAUUCCCGACCCAGUCGCAUCUGGCGCCGCAAAGAUCGCAUCGUUGAAAGUCGAUCGCUUGACCGUGGACAACCACAACACACUUAUCCAGCCGGGCUCGCCAAAUGCCGAGCCGGGCAUCGAGACCUGGCUGGUCUUUGUGACUGGAGGCAACAAGACAUGCUAUGGCAUGUGCAACAAGGCUGAGACCGCGUUCAACGAGUCGGUUCCCUUGAUCUCUGCUUCGCCCAAACCACCGAAGCUCGCUUUGCUCAACUGCGAGACCGACGGUGUCUUGUGCCAUGCUUGGGCAGUCAACCCACCAUCAGUCCUCCAUUUCCAGCUUCCUCAGCCUUUGGCCGACCAGUCUACCCCAUCAUCCACUUUCCGUUCCAUCAAGGUCAACCGCACCACCAUCACCGCUCCAGAAAUCGCUGCGGUCCACCUUCAGGACAAGUACCUCGAGACCGAGCCAUACGAGGGCUUCUGGCAUCCAUUUGAUGGCCCUCUCGCCAAGGCUGGUCUGAGCAUUCCAGUUGGCUAUGCUAUUUGGGGCUUCUCGCAGGUUCCUUCGUGGGCGAUCAUGAUCGGCGUUUCCAUGCUCUCCAGGACUUUCAUGAGCCGCAGAGCAGCACCGCCUGCAGCCAACCGACCAGCAGAGGGGGCUACCCCAGCUCAGUAG